CUUCCGGAUUGGUAAAAAUCAUAUGAGACAACAAACAAAUUACCUGUAGUGUAUAAUUGCAACUUACUCAGUUUAACAGUAUAAUUUUAGUGCCAAACCAAACCUUAAACAGUAAAGGUUAGCACUGACUUGAAAAUUAAUAUGUCUUUCUUCUCAAAGAAACCUACAGUGGAACAGCAACUGAAGUCAAAUGACAGAGUAUUACGGAAAACCCAGAGGGAUUUGGAAAGAGAUAGAAAUAAAAUGGAAAGAGAAGAAAAAAAAUUGGAAAUGGAUAUAAAGAAGGCAGCUAAACAGGGAAAUAAACAGGCAUGUACUGUUUUAGCUAAACAAUUAGUGGCCUUGAGAAAACAGAAAACUAGAAGUUACAACACAGGUUCCAAGAUAUCAGCUAUAGGAAAUCAACAAAAGUUAAUGCAUUCAAAUAUGAAGAUGGCUGGAGCAAUGGGAACUACCACAAAGACAAUGCAACAAAUGAAUAAGGUUAUGGACCCACAGAAAACAGCUAAGAUGAUGCAGGAGUUUGAGAAAGAAUCUACAAAAAUGGAAAUGUCAGAGGAAAUGAUAAAUGACACAUUAGAUGAUAUUUUGACUGAAUCUGGUGAUGAGGAGGAACAAGACGCCAUUGUUUCCCAGGUAUUAGAUGAGAUAGGAAUUGAUAUUUCAGGAAAGAUGUUGGAUGCACCAUCUGCUCACAAAGGAAAGUUGGGUGAAUCUUCAAAAGCACGAGAAACUGAUGAUGAAAUUGAGAGACAGUUAGCAGCAUUAAAAGAUUUAUAGUCAUUUUAGACUGUGUCUAGAGUUUUACAAUUUCAAAUUCAUGGUGGAUGAGAUGUAUAAGAUCCAGUCCAGCUUCGCUUAUAUAAGUCAAAAAAGUCCAUAAUCAAAAAUAAGUUGAUUAUAACCAUUCUUUUCCUGUUUAAUAUUGCAGCGAAUGUUGCACAUUAAUGUGCAAUAUUUAACUUUGACAUCUAAAAAUUAGUUAUCAAUUUUGAGUGCAGAAUGUUGUAGAAUAAUGCACAGUUUGAGUUCAAAUGUGCAGGAAUAUAAUCACAAAGGCCUAUAGGCUUGAGUGAUUAAUUACAAAGCAUUUGAAUGUUAACCAUGCAUUGGUAUACUGUUAUGCAAGAAAAAAUUAAUAACAUUUUCCAUUCUAAUAUGCUUAUCAAAAAGAGAAUUAUUAAAUUUCCCAACAUCAUUUGGUUUAUUGAUGUCAUAUAUGACGUGUAAGCAUUCGUUUUUUAUGCUGUGCAUAUAUCUUGUAAUAAUGCGCUUGAUUGCCCUAUCUGUUUGAUAGGGGAAUAGUGUGAAGCCUGUUAGUGUUAGAAUGAUCAUUGUCACUCAGGAAUAUGGGUCUCUUUUAUCUCAUUUUGAGAUAUUUUGCCUUUGAUAAACUAGCUUAUAUUCUUUGAGCUCAUGUAAUUUUGUUACAAAGAACUUUCAAACUUUUCAUGUCCAUACGUUUUUUUGAAAAUCUUCUAGUGGGUCCGUCCAUUGAUUAGUCAGUUCUCUAUGUGCGGACAAUAAUUAUCUAACUGUUUUGUACAUGAUUUCCAUAAUGAGACCUUUGUAAUACAGGUUUCCAUCAUUGAUAGCAUACAAUUAUAAGAUUUGCUACAUAAUAAUAAAUGAGACAAGUUCUCGCUGAUGAACUUUCGAGUAUACAAGAAACUAAAUUGUGCUCUUUCAAGACCCACGUAAAUCAAUUAUGCUUUCUUUGUGAGAUCAUAGAACUUGUUGUGAAAAAUAUAAGCAUAGUUUGUAUAUAUAAUUUAUAUCAAAUAUCUGAUUUUAAAUUUUCAUUUUCAGUCUGUAAAUAUGUUUUAUAGCAUUACAUAAUUAUGUUUGUUAUGUUGAUGUAUGCAUGUAUUAAAGAUAGGAUAGGCCUGUUUAAGAUACUGUGCAAGAAGUUGAAAGGGUGGAAAAAAAUAUGAUUUUAGUUAUUUUCUGGUGGAAUUGAUGGCCAAGAUAUUAAGGUCACUGACAUUGAACCAGAAACAUUUGAUUGUUUCAUGUGAGGAAGAAUUCCAGCUUGUUUACACAAGGUUCUACUCGGGUUCACAUUUAUGCCUGAAAUACUGCCCAGAGUGGCACCUGGUCUCUUUUAUCUUCACCAGUGAAGACGAAAAUGGCAAUAUGAUCUUAAUAGUGUUAGUAUGUCUUAACCAAAAAUGAAAAAAAGUUAUGUUUGCAAUAAUACUGCAUUUACUCGUCAUAAAAAACAUUAAUAACAGAUUAAGCAUAUAAAAUUGGAAGGCAGUGAAAUUGAAAGGCAGUACUAUAGCAGAUUAUAAAAUAUUGACUGUUUUCAAACAUUGUCAGUAAGAAAAAUGGAUCUACUUUUAUGUUUUCAUAAAUCUUUAGAUUGUAUGGAGUAAAAUAUCUUAUUUAAGAAUUUUGUGAAAUGUAGAUGGUUCUUUUUUAAAACAAAUUGUUAGUAUAUUAAGGUGUUCAACAUUUUUGUCUGUAUACCUAUUUUUUAGAAGUUGAACCUUUAGUCUUAAUAUUUUUUUUUUCUACAAUAUGUUUUUGAGAAUAUUGUUAAAGUUAUUGGUAUAAAUGAUAUAUUAGGUUAUGUGAUGAGUCAAUACUCUUUUAAUGUGUAAAAUCUUUCUUGCAUCUUUUAUUUAUUUUGAUAAAAUUCUGGGAAAGGACUUUUAUGCUCCCAAUAUAUAGUUGCUGUCUUGUUGAUACAUCUCUGUCUGUCUGGCCACAUGGUCUAUGAACUUCAGUUUUUGUGAAAUUUUUUAGUGGUUUAUGCGGUAAAUUGUCACUAAAAUUUACUGUCUGUUCAUCCAUCACAUUCUUGUGAGGAAAAAUAUUUUAAAAGUGAUCAAAAUUUCACACAGUGGUAGAGACAAGUGUCCAAGAACCAUAAUUCUUUUAUAAUUGUAUUAAAAUAAUCUCGCUUUAGUAAGUAAGUGGUUCCUGUCCAGUAUAUAUCUCAUUGAAACUCCCCAAAGUUGUAAAUACUAGUAAAAGGAAGUGCAUUGUCAAAGACCCAUAGCACAAAAUCACUUAGAUUUUAUGAAUUAUCUCCCUUUAUAGUACUUUAUAAUUGAACAAAUUUGAUAGAAAACAAUAUCAAAAACCUUAAUGGUUGAAAAUCACCCUUAAUAAUACUUUAUAACACAUGUUACACUUUUGUUGAUACAGCCUUAAUUUAGAUACAAAUGGCUUUUAUAUUUAGUAGGAACAAAUCUUAGGUGGUCUUCUGACUUAUGGUAUAGUAAGGGGUUAAUUGAAUCAAGGUCACUGAUGCUAAAAUAGAUUUUUAAACUUUUUUUAUUUUACACUUUUGCUCUUACUUUCUCCUUUAUUGACUGAUGUGCAUUGAAAUACAUCGACAAAUGUGCAGGUUUUAGGAGCAACCAUUACCUUUUGCAAUAGUUCUUGUUUAUGUCAGAUACGGUCUAAAUGCCAGUUUUUUAGCUUUUAAUUAAACACUGAUUUAUCUGGAAUGUUUAUUUUCAUACAUUGUUUGGAGGCUUGAAAUAUUUAGUUAUAAUCCCUUCUUUAAAUGAUUAAUAUGUAAUCCAACCAAUUUUCAAUUAUUAUAGGAAUGGUGAAAUUUGCAACUGAUAUGUUGACAUAAAUAUUUGAUAUUGUCAUGGAUUGAUUUUAAUCCUAGAUUUUGUUAUGAAUCAUAUCGGUCUAUUUUAUUGUUAUAUAUAACUAUCUGUGUAAAUAAUAUGUUGAUAUAUGUAUACAAAUUUAAGGAUAAAAACUUUCUUUUGUU